CACCCUCGUGCAAUAAAUGGUAAAAUGCGGAAAUUCGCGUAAAAUUCUUAAAAUAAAAGAUAUAAUUUGGCCAAGUGCGAUAAAAUGUAUAUUAUGCAGAAUGAAGCUAAACGUUCCGCGCCAAACGAGAGGCAAGAGAGUGCCAGCUCGUGCCGGCUGUGCCAUCGGCCGGCAUCGACGGAAACCACGCCAAACAUUUUCACCGAUCGCGAGGGUUUCUGGGAUGGCGACAAAUUCUGCAUUGCCGAUGUCUGCCAGAGCGUGUGGGGAGUGCAGUACGAUCGCCAUGAGUAUUUACCGGAGCAGAUUUGCUCCGAUUGCUUGGAAGUGCUGGAGGAUUUUUAUAAACAGCGGCGGGGAAUGAAAGCGCGGGAAGCUGCCUUGCAGGAGCAACUGAAGGAGGUCAUUAAGAAGGAUCCCAAGUACCGACCCGGCUUGAACGGAAAUCCUGGUGAAUUCGAGCCCGGAGAUGAUUGCGAAAUUGAGGAGGUGGAUCCGGACAAGCUUGCGGAGACGAGCGAUGAUGAAAUGGGCUCUGACGAAGAGAAUGAAAACGCUGAAGAUGAGGAGGAAGAAGAGGAGUUCGAGGACGGAGAUGAGGAUGAAGCAGACACAACGAUUGCAGACGAUGCCGACAUACCUCUAGGCACAAAUGCGGAGCAAAUGGCCGAAAUGUCAGUGAAUAUGGAGUUGCAGCAGCCCAGUGUUGAGUUCAACUCUGGAGGGGCACGUCCCAAGACCGCUUUUCUGUGUCAGUACUGUGAUUUGGGCUACACCCUACCUAUCGAAUGCCAAAAACAUGAGAGAACAGCCCAUGAUCCUCAAGCUCCCUACUGUUGCACAUUUUGCAGUUUGCUUUUCGUCACGAGAGCCACUCUUAUAACCCACAUCAAGUCGCUCCACGAUAUGGAUCGUCCCUAUGUGUGUGCCCAGUGCGGGAAGGGAUUUGUACGCCGCUCCGACCUCAAGAAGCACGCCAUAGUCCAUACCGGCGUGCGGCCUUACACCUGCAAUGUCUGCACAAAGAGCUUCUCCCGAAACACCAAUCUGACGAAGCACAUGCGCAUUCACAGCGGCGAGAAGCCCUUCGUGUGCCAGCAAUGUCCACGCUCCUUCCAGACCGCCCAGGAGAUGACGAACCACUCACGCUUGCACUCCGGGGCCAGGCCAUUCCAGUGUAACCGCUGUCCGUUUUCCUCCUCGCGCAAGGACAAACUUGUGGCCCAUCAUCAAAUGCACACUAAGCGCGACGUUGAGGAGAUACUUAUGCAGCAGCAUCAGAACACUCUGCAUCCCCCGACACCGGAGCAGCUGGCGCAACUGCAACACGAACUAACGCAACAGUUAACGCCGAAGCCAAUCACCUCACAGAAGCCAGGACGCAGCUUCCGAUGCGAUGUCUGCGACAGGGUCUUUCAACGCGAGCGCGAUCUCCAGCGUCAUAGGGCGCUUCAUUUGGACACACUGCUGGCCUGCAAGAUAUGCAAUCUAGUCUUCAAUCGUCGCGAGCAGCUGCAGCGACACACACUAGAGGCCCACGGGCCCACCUAUACGUGCGCCAUUUGCUGCAUUACCUUUUUGCAGCAGAUUGAGCUGGAGAACCACCUGAAGGUUCAUCAGCUGCAGCACAAGGUGGCCCAGAGCACGCAGCAGGCCAUGAUUGCGGCAGCGAUAAUGCCCCACAAAAUGGCCGAACCGACGGCUGUAGCCAAAAUGCCUCCAGUGCCCCAGGUGCCGCUACAGGUGCGUCCCUCAGCCGCGGAGCUUAACUUCUACAGCAACAUGGUACCCACAAUGAAUCUGGGUUUCUACAGCGAAACGCGACCCGAGGAAUAAGUUCUAUAAUUAUUUUGUAGUUAUGACUUUAAAGUUGUACUCUAGAGGAAUAUCCAAAAAUCUGUAUAACUAUCUAUAAUUGGGAGUGUAGUUACUAAGUUCAAAAAGUUGUACUUUAAAGUUUAUAUACGAUAUCUAAGUAUGAUUCUGUGUAGUUUUUAAGAC